GUGGAGAAGGAAGACCGAUCUUCACGUGCGCGUGUGGAAGCGGUUCAGCUCGGGAUCAACAGCUUCCGGCAGAUCUGUGAUCGACGGUACGCCUCGAUGCGCGAGUCCUUCCGAGCUUUGGACAAAUCCCGGCGCUCAUCGCUGUCGCCGCAG